UCAUUUCUUAAAGCAAAGUAACAUUUUGAGACUUUCAAGAAAUGGGUAGCUUCUUCGUCUUACUUUCCUUCUUAUUCUUCUUCUUCAAUGGAGAACUUGCAGCUGCAAACAAGUUUUGGAGCAGACUAGAGAUGGCUGAGAUGAAUGGCUACGGGGAACACAAACUCUCCUCUGUGGUCAUCACCGGUUCUCUUCUUUGCAACACCCCUGUUUCAGGUGGCACUGUUGCCAUUAAAUGUCACACCGGUUUCAAAAAGAGAUCAAACUGGAUAAAAGCUAUUACUGAUGACUGUGGAGAAUUUGUUAUCCAUCUUCCUUCUCAUCUUCACGCAAUUCCUCACUUAGAAAAGGCAUGUUUUGUGAAACCAAUACAUGUGCCUAAACACUACCAUAGAUGCUACAAGGCUUUGUCCAAAUCCAAUCUGCACAAAGGCAUCAAACUUGUCUCGUCCAAAGAUGGUUUCCGUGUCUACACCUCAGGAACGAUCAGGUUACAUGGAUACAGUUCAAGAUCAUCCCAAGCUCGUAAAGCCGACAUGUAAAACAUUAGAUAACUUGUGAAACAAGCAUGUCUUACAUUUUCAUUGUCCUCACUUGUUUAGCUGGCGCUUAAGUCACAAAACUAAGUUUGAGUCUCUCUACAUUGUAAUCAUAUUCACACAAACAUAAACAUAAAUAUA